AUGCGGCGGAACUUCGUCACCGCCGUCGGAGCCUCGCUCGCGGGUCCAAUGCCUGUGAAUCCCUCUCUUGGAUCGAGGAGUAUCGUCUGUGUUGAGCUCUAUGGCAUCUUCGACACUUCCGACCUUCGGAAAGCUGCGGAAACACGAAUUGGCUGCCUGAAGAGCAAAAGUGAUGAAAAAGAUCUCGCUGGGGUUAACUGGAGCUGGCCUGUGGAAUCAUUCGAAAGAUUCGAUGCAUAUGCUGUGUGGAACGAUCUCCAUCCGUUCUUGGUUGAACAUAUUUGGACCGUAGGCGCAGUACUUGAGGGUUUGGGCCUCCGCCCAUCAUCAUCACCAUACAGACGCUCCGAUCAACAGGAGCAACAAGAGUCUUCCAUACGAGCCGCCUGGCAUUCCAAUCCAGAAACACCAAUGCCACUUUUCCUGUCAUUCGACCUCCUCACCACAUUGGCAAUGAUAACAACUACCCGACCUGGUUCCAACUUCCCACCGCCAGCGGCCGAGAAGAUCCCAGUUACCGUUUUCCUGACCUCUACCUUCAAAGUUCUACAGCGAGCCCUCAUCGCAGACGAUGUGUUCCAUUCACUCGGCAUGGCCCUCUCGCGGGCUCGAUCCGCUGUCACUGGUAUGGUAGAAUUUCAACCGUAUAGACGUCUGGGUGUGCUUCUGUGGGAUAAGUGGCGCAUGUACUCUGUUGGACUGAUGCCGAAUACGGCGCAGAUGCGAGUGCCGACUCCGGAUGGGGGUUUUAUUGAAGUGAAUGAUAAUCGAGAGACUAUACAGGAGCUGCAGGCAAGAUGGUUGGCGUCAGUUGGGAAGAAGCUGUAA